CACACGAACAGUUUAUAUUCUAUAGAGUAUCAAAAGAUCUUUUAAGCUCAAUUUAGUAGAAUUUAUGGAUAACCAAAGCAAUGCUCUUCUUGGCUGGCCUUACUACUCUCACGGAAAGACAACAGAAGAAAUAAGACAGUCUCUACUGUACACAACACUAGAGCUGGACCAGACAAAGAUGUUUGCUUAUGAUGAAAUAAGGAAGAGAGAUGAGCAGUUAAAUUAUCUCAAAGACAUCUUAACCAAAACUAUCAAAGAAAGAGACGAAGCUCUCGAGAAAUGUCAGCGUCUCAUGUUCGACAACCUCUCACUCCAGCAACAGAAACACAUAACUCCUCCUUCAUCUGGAGCUUCAAGCAUUGACGACGAACAAGUGCAGCUACAACAACUAGGAUCCAACAAGAGCUUCUCAUCCUCGGACUGUGAAGAGAGCAUUAUGUCACCAACUGGUCAUGUCAUGAACCCACCACCAUCUCAGCUUGAAGAAGUCUCGGAAACUGAGAUUAUUAUGGAUCCAUUGAUUCCAGACAAGCCAUUGCCUGAAAAGGGUAAGCUCUUACAGGCUGUUAUAAAGGCAGGUCCUUUACUUCAGACACUCCUCUUAGCCGGUCCAUUACCCCAAUGGCGCCACCCGCCUCCUCCUCUCAAGACCUUUGAGAUCCCUCCGGUCACAGUCCAAUGUCCAAUUGUCAACAAUGGUUGUGGCAAAUUCAACAGGAAAAGAGUUUUCUCAGAUGGAUCCUAUUCAGAAGCUAAGUAUCAGAAAGUUCUUCUCCACUGACCGGGAAAUGGAUACUGAUCUUUAUUCUUACUCAAGUAGUACUAAUAGUUAUCUAAUAUACCAUUACAUAGGUCAGUUCCAGUAUUAAUCUCACUUAUAGGGUUCAAGUGAAAGUGAUCUCUUGUACAUUAGGGCUUUUGUUAUGCUCCAUUGUCGGAGACAGAGUCUGAUCCAUUUAGGGUUUAGAUUUAGAGUGAUGAGAAAGUAAGCAAAAAAAAAAAAACUCCCCUGGUUUUACUCUUAACUUAAUGAGAGUUAAUACUAUGUGAGAGAGUUUGCUAUUUUACUUCUUUCUCUAGUUUAUGAUUGGGAUUUUUUGUUGUUGUUGUUGUUGUUACUGUAUCUCCAGCCCAAAAAACCCCAACUUCACAUUCAUGUUUUGGUUCCAUGUUUGUGAAACUAAAUUAGGGGGUUUCUUUUGUAUUCUAUGAUUUUUUUUUUCCCUCUAUGUUAAAUCCAAAUGUAUUCUAUGAUUCUCUGUGUGAUGUUAUUAUGUUCCCAUA